GGUUGCCCGACCUUGUUGCUUUCGUUCUUAACGGCGCCCUUUUAGACCACAUAACCUAUCUCCGGUGUGUUCCGAAAUAAUACUUUGUUGAAUUCUGGUGAGAAAGUACGAUGACUGUCCAGUACAAUCAGUUUGUCUUGACUGGUGGUCCUGGAGUUUUCUUCAGGCUCUUAUUAAAGUGGAGAGGGGGUGUCAUGAAAUUAAUAUCUUUUGACCUUGCUGUCUUUGCAAUAAUUUAUACAUUCAUCAGCUGCAUGUAUCGAUUUGUUUUUUCUGAUAGAACACAAAGAGCUUUUGAACGCCUUAUUUUAUUUACUAGUAAAUCGCAAACUAUGAUUCCUGUGGCGUUUAUUCUUGGGUUUUAUGUUACUUUGGUUUUCUCGAGAUUUUGGAGUUAUUUCACCUCAAUACCAUGGAUAGUGAAGUUUGCAAUGUCUCUAGUCACGCACUUGCCAGGUUCCGCUGAACGGACUCGUUUAAUACGUCGUACAUGUGUGCGCUAUGUUUUGUCCAAUCUUAUUAUCGCCAAUGUUCGUCUCAAUGUUGUGAUCAAAAAACGGUUUCCAACGUUCGACUUACUUGUUGCAUCGGGUAUUCUUACCGAAGAAGAAGUUAGAAUUAUUCAAAAUGUACAGCCAGUUCAUGUGCAACCUUUCGUUCCUAUUGUAUGGGCUACAUCCCUUAUCGCUCUGGCUCAGAAAGAAGGAUUAAUUAAAAGUCAAUAUGUACAUUCUCUACUCAUCAAUGAAAUCAAUAACUUUCGUCAAAGUACACUUUACAUGAUGUUGAUGGAUACAAUGUGUGUUCCACUAGUUUACACUCAGGUUGUUACACUGUCUGUGUACUCCUAUUUCGCCGCAUCUCUUAUAAGUAGCCAAUUUAUCAUCAGAAGUUCACCUUUCGCUAAGGUGGCAGGUUCGCAGGAUAUUUAUUUUCCCGUAUUCACCGUUUUGGAACUUAUCGUUUAUGUUGGCUGGUUGAAAGUUGCUGAAACACUAGUUAAUCCCAUGGGUGAAGAUGAUGAAGACAUUGAUAUCAACGAAAUAAUUGAUUUUAACUGGAAAGUGAGUUGUUUAUUCUCAUUUCACUUUUGUACUUCUUAACAGUAUAGCAUUUUGUCUAAAUUGGUUUUGUAAACUGACAACGUUUAAGAAAAGUGUGGCGAUUUAUCAUUCGAAAGUUCCCACAAUAAAAUACAAGAAAUAGGAUGCAAUAAGAUGGUUUUAAGUAGAUGAAGUUGACUGUGCCAAAAUGAGAGUUUUCAAACAAAUCUAUAAAUGCCAUACAGUCCUCGGUUCAUGUUCUGCUCGUUAGUACGUCUUGGUAACUUGAAGUUAUUUUUAAUGAAGAAAAGCCACAUAGCUUUCUGCCAUCGCUUAUCUCUUUAUGUGUCUUAAUCGUUUUCCAAGACAAAUUUUCAAGUCUUAUGAUUCAAUCAACUCAAUGGUUAAUGAUUACCAUUUUUCAAAUGCCUUACUAUUUCGAUGAACCUUCUUUCUGGCAUCAAGAUUGGUGGUCCAGCGGUCUUUUUCAAAAGGUAGGUUCACUUGAACUCAAUCUUUUGAUCUUUUUCACUCGUUUCAGCCAUUCUUCAAAAUAAUUGAGAAAAUAUGCAUCAAAUACUGUAUGCAUCAUCGGGAAAUCAAAACUAUUUAUGUAUCAGAACUUUAGACAACUGAUGAACGUCUAAUCCAUUUAUGUAUUCUAACUGAAAUACAAUUAAAACAAAGAAUUCGAUCCAGUUAAAAAAAGUACUAGAUAGUUAUUUUCAGUCUUCUGAUUGUGCUUUUGCUGUCGAGUGUAUUUAAUACAUUUGGCUGUAGGUAUACAAAUAAGAUCUAUCCUAUCUGUUGGAAUUUCCUUUGCUAUUGAUAAUAAAAGAACAUGGUAUACGUAUAAGGUGAUCAGACUUGAUUUAACACCCCAUAGCUUAGUUACUUACUUAUACAUACUGUGUUUACAGUUGUCGCGGUCAUCAGUGCUUAUAAUUGUUUAUUAUUAUUGAGACAACUUUGAUUGAUACUGUGCUACUGAUACUUACCGGUUCAUACAUUGCAAUGCCGUUCUUCUGUUUGGCCUAGAAGUGGAAUGAAUUACCAUUUGAGAAGUCAAUACGAGGUAAGACAUGAAAGGAUUUUAUUUGAAUGAAUCUUGAUAAAUAUUUUCCGAAGAAAAAAGAAACUUCGAGAUAGAAAUUUAUGACUAAUGGAAUGAAAUUGGAGAAUUGAAACUGUGGGUAUGUGGUCCAACAAUUACUUAGACUGACUUAAGAUAUGCAAUUCAGAUUAAUAUUAUUGUCUUGUACACAACAGGGCACAAAUUUAUUAAGUGACAUCGAACUGUGCAUCGCAAAGGUGGGUAAUCUGAACUGUAUAAGCUUCUAGAUAGUCUGUUUGAUAGUUGCUGCAUAUAAGAGAGUCAUAAAUGUUUUCAUCAUUUUCUCAAUAGUAGGAAACGCCUGCUUUUAUAGUUUUAUUUUAGAGUGAACAGAUGAUUGUAACUAUUUUUGUGUGUGUACGCAAUGAUUUCACAGAACAAGACUGUUAUGAGAACUUGUUAACAAUGGAUAUUGGAUUUGAAACUCUAUGUUGCAACUAAGAAAGCAGUUAUAUCAGUGCAGAAGCAUUCCCUCUAAGCUUCUAAAUUAUUGCUGAGCACACUAUUCUAAAUCUGAUUGUUCUCUUCUGGUUAAUUUUAGAGUUGUACUUCCUUAGUGACCUACCUGUGUACUAUAGGGAAGUGUAGCAACUUCGAUUCAUGCAUUAUCACGUGGUAUUACGUAAUACCUGGCUUAUCUACCUGUAUUCUCAAAAAAAUAACUGAUCUACAUUCUGUUGCCAGUUG